ACACCGGGAUAAUUUUAUAGCCCAACGCAGGCGUUUUAUAUAUAUUCAUGGGAGUCAACGUCGACUGUCACGGUCUACAUACCAGAAUCUUCGCCGUUCCCCAUUGCCAGAACCAUCAUCAACUAUGUGCCCUCACUCAACCAGUAUUCAAGAAAAGCAGAAGAAAGCAAUCAAUUUAUCGGGGGCGGUCAGUGACUCCAAAAGCAUCACCCACCCAAGCUCAUUGACGCCCACCUUGCUCAUUGGUACUGUUGAGCUCAGAACCUGUGUAGACCCGAGUAAUAGCCCCAUGCUAUACGAACGGUAUUCAUGACGACCAGAGAGCGAACAAGCAGCCCUUCUAACACCGACCAUCAUCACUACCACGACCAUGACCAUGUCAAACACGAGCACGAAGAGAUCUACAAUUCGAGCCGGUUCUUGCCUCUGUAAAAGGAUCAAAUUCAAAAUCCACGGCGACCCCUUCACAUUCAUCCUCUGCCAUUGUGUCAAUUGUAAGAAAGCGAGUGGGACGGCGUUUUUGUCUAAUCUGUGGUUCCAGGAAAAGAACGUCAUUAUCACUGAAGGCUCUGAUCUUGUCAAAUGCUACGAAGACCACGAUACUGCAAGUGGAAACGCUCUCAGAAGACAUUUCUGCUCGAACUGUGGAUCGACGCUCUUCCUCCGUCCAAGUAAGGAGUAUCCGAGGAGCGACAUCAUUAUGCUCCACGCUUCAACGGUAGACGAUCCUUUUCAUUGGCAACCGCGAAACGAGUUUCACAAAGAUUCAAAAUGGAGUUGGGUCGAUGUCCAGAUCAAUCGCAAGAAGUUGCGUUCGAAGCUCUGAAACAUGUUUUAGCAGUAGAUACCAUCAGUGGCACCAUCGGCGCAUAGCGCCUAGGUUUAUUCCGGCCGGUGCGACGACGACGGGAGUGUUUUUUAGUCAGUAGAAUGUAAUGGGGUCUUUGAGCGGGAUGUUGGAUUAUACACUACGGAAGCACGACUCUACAUCUGUCCAUUUUCUUUCCCCGAAAGUACAAACCCUUCAUACCCUUUCUCCGCACUCUCAGUACAUU